GGGCUGGCGCAGCUCAAGAGCCGCGAGUCGUACGUGCUGUGCUACGACCCGCGCACCCGCGGCGCGCUCUGGGUGGUCGAACAGCUGCGGCCCGAGCGGUUCCGCGGCGACGGCGACCGCCGCUCGUGCGACUUCCGCGAGGACGACUCGGUGCACGCGUACCACCGCGCCACCAACGCCGACUACCGCGGCAGCGGCUUCGACCGCGGCCACCUCGCCGCCGCCGCCAACCACCGCUGGAGCCAGAAGGCCAUGGACGACACCUUCUACCUGAGCAAUGUCGCGCCACAGGUGCCCCACCUCAACCAGAACGCCUGGAACAACCUGGAGAAGUACAGCCGAAGCCUGACCCGUGCCUACCAAAACGUCUAUGUCUGCACGGGGCCGCUCUUCCUGCCCAGGAUGGAAGCUGAUGGGAAGUCCUAUGUGAAGUACCAGGUAAUCGGCAAGAACCAUGUGGCAGUGCCCACCCAUUUCUUCAAGGUGCUGAUCCUGGAGGCGGUGGGCGGGCAAAUCGAACUCCGCUCCUAUGUGAUGCCCAACGCCCCUGUGGACGAGGCCAUCCCGCUGGAGCGCUUCCUGGUGCCCAUCGAGAGCAUUGAGCGGGCCUCAGGGCUGCUCUUUGUGCCAAAUAUCCUGGCGCGGGCAGGCAGCCUGAAGACCAUCACUGCAGGCAGCAAGUGAGGGCGGCAGCCCAGCCAGACUGGGGGAUGGCUUGUAUUAAAGGUGGUUAUUUUUGGA